AUGCGUUUUUCCGACAUUUCAGUGCCAGCUACUGUCUUCCUGAUUCUCAAUCAAGCCUAUGCUCAAACUUCAACAGAUUGCAACCCGUUGCAGAAAACUUGUCCGCCAAACCCAGGUCUUGGAACCAGUGUCUUCACUGAUUUUACCAAGGGCAAAAGCGAUUACUGGCAGCCACUUCAAGGGACUACUAUGAAAUAUGAUGGCCCCAAUGGAGCACAAUUCACUAUCCAGAAGUCCAGUGAUGCGCCUACAAUGUCACUCACGAAAUUUAUCAUGUUUGGACAUAUUGACAUGAUAGCAAAAGCUAGUCCAGGAACUGGGAUUGUCAGCAGUUUUGUACUCUUAUCUAAAGAUCUCGAUGAAAUUGACUGGGAAUGGCUGGGUGGCAUCAAUAGCAACGUUCAAACUAACUUUUUUGGCAAGGGAGAUGUAUCCAGCUACGAUCGGGGUACGACUGUAGCAGUCCAGACUCCAGUCGAUAGCUUCCACACCUACAGUCUUGACUGGACAGCCGAACGCAUCGUUUGGACGAUUGAUGGACAAACAGUUCGCACCUUAGCAUAUGCAGAUGCUGUGGCUAAAUCUGGAAAGAACUAUCCACAAACCCCAAUGGAAGUAAAGAUGGGGAGUUGGAUUGGUUGCCUAGACUAUUCCAAUCCCGAAACAAAGGGCACAUGUGAAUGGGCCGGUGGGCAAGCUGAUCUGACCAAAGCACCAUUCACUAUGUCUGUCAAGAGUGUAAAUGUGACCGACUAUGGGUGUGGUGGAGAGUAUACCUACUCGGACAAUAGCGGAAGUUGGCAAAGUAUUAAAUCAAGCGGCGCAUGCGACGGAAAAGGAACUGGACCUGGGGCCCCAAACUCCGCGGAAGCACCUGAUGAUUCCAUUGUACCAAUUGCUGGAGCUGUUGCUCCGGUCAAUCCAAAUAAGGCAAGUGGCCCAAGUGGAAGUCUUACCCCAGACGAUGGUCCUGCUGCUAGCCCAAAUACAAAAGGUACACUCUCAAAGGGUACUCCUUCAAAUGGCACAUCGUCGAAUGGCACCACACCAAAUAGCACCAAUACACCAGGUACAGCAAUUUCUACAGGCGUAGCUAAGCCUCCGCCGGCAGUCAGUAGCGGUGUACCAAACAUAAAUACAAGUGAUGCCAACAAAAAAUCUAAGCGCUCUUAUGGGCCAAUGGAGUUUACAGUAAUAGCACUUGGAUUAGGGCUGGGGUAUUUUGUUAUGUAG